AUGGGUCAAAUUGAGUUUUCUAUCGUGGACGCAACACGACAAGGUGCACUACGCAUCACCCUUCUCCGCCACUUCCAAUACGUGUAUCUCUUCAACAACGGCCCCGAGUUCUUUUUUGUCACCAACUUGGACGCUCCUCGCAAGCGCAUCAUCAAGGUGGACAAUAUCCUGAGCGACACGAUCGUGUGGACCGAAGUGAUUCCGGAAGGCGUGGACGUGUUGACGGCUGCCCAUGCCGUGCGCAAAGACCUGCUCGUGGCCGAAUACUUGAAGGACGCGAGUGACACGAUUCGUCUGUACAAGCAGUCGGGCGAGUUUGUGCGCAACAUCGCCCUCCCCAGCAUCGGGACGGUCAACGUGUCGUGCAAGCGGGACUCGCCGGAACUCUUUUUCAAGUUCAUCUCGUUCCUGUACCCUGGCACGAUCUACCGCGAAGACCUGACGGACCCGUCGACGAGCUCGCCGGCGGUGUUCCGCGAGGCCAAGGUGCCCGGCUUCAACCCCGAGGACUUUGAGGCCAAGCAAGUGUGGUACCCGUCCAAGGACGGCACGCAGAUUCCGAUGUUUUUGGUGUCCAAGAAGAACCUGGCUCGCACGGGCGACAUCCCCACGUACUUGUAUGGGUACGGUGGGUUCAACAUUUCGCUGACGCCGUCGUUUUCGGCGAGCCGCACGAUCUUCGUGCAGCACUUCAACGGUCUCCUGGCGUUGCCGUCGCUGCGAGGCGGUGGCGAGUACGGCCAGGCGUGGCACCAGGCCGGCACGUUUGGCAACAAGCAGAACGUGUUUGAUGACUUUCAAGGUGCGGCCGAGUACUUGAUCAAGGAAGGGUACACGAGCUCGUCGAAGAUUGCGAUCCACGGUGGGUCGAACGGCGGUCUGUUGGUGGCCGCGUGUGCGAACCAGCGUCCCGAUUUGUUCCGUUGCGCCGUUGGUGCCGUCGGCGUCAUGGACAUGCUCCGAUUCCACAAGUUCACUGUCGGGCAUGGCUGGGUGACGGAUUUUGGCAACCCCGACGAGCCUGAAGCAUUCGAGUACAUCUCCAAGUACUCGCCGUUGCACAACGUGCCUUCGUUCGAAGCGAAGAGCUUCGGGUUGGCCAACGAUCACGGCGGGUUCCCUGCGUACUUGUUGACGACGGGUGACCACGACGACCGUGUCGUGCCACUGCAUUCGCUCAAGUUGAUUGCGGAAGUGCAGCACAAGUUGGGCAGCCACCCGAACCAGAAGAACCCGCUCUUGAUUCGCAUCGAAACGAAAGCGGGCCACGGGGCGGGCAAACCGACGAGCAAGGUGCUCCAAGAAGCAGCCGACGUCUACGCGUACAUGGGCUGGGCGUUGGGUGCCACCUUUGUGUAA